AUGCGGUCUAUUUCUCUGUUGUGCAAGGAGUUAUCUGAGCAGUUGGAUAAGCUUAAGCAGGAGAAUGCCGAUUUGAGAAAGCGCUAUCAAAUUCUCAAUCAUCUACCUCUGUUCCUUACUCUGACUGCAACCCUCUCCCUCAGACGUCCUCCAUACCUACCCCAGUGCCUAGAACGUACUCGUUCCAUUGUAAUUUCGGGGCUUAUUGAAAGCAAAGACCCUAUUGCUUCGUCUCGUGUUUUAUAUGAUUAUCAGUCGGUUAGAGAUAAUUAUGGACUACUUGUCAAUCGACUGUCCGACUACUGGGACGCUGUUUUGGAGGGCGCCCAAGUUAAAGUUAUCCUUCCGAGCUCUUUCCUUGUCAAAGUGAUGCUGCGUCGGGAGCGUCGCUUCAAACUUCCUGGCCUUCCCCGUUGGGCGGAGAGGGAAAGGCUGCGCGCUGAACCAGGCCCGCCGCAAGGUCAGAAUGCCUCUAAUUCUUCUCCCGACGUUGUGUCAGUACCUGGUACCACCUCCUCUCAGCUUAAUACGAGUAAUAGCGCCCUUCUGUUCAGUCGUAUGCACUCAUCAGAUGCUCAAGGUUAUCGGCGGUAUAAUAUCAUGUCCCUACACCUGCGUUAUUUGCGGUGA